AUGGCCUUCGAAAGCUGCACUGCUCCCCAUAUCGCCACCUACAAAGAGUACGAUUACAAACGGCAGUUUGAACGGAUCAUUAAUCAGAUACGUGGCGCAGACUGGAGCAGCACGGCAAUGCUCGAGUGGCAUAAGAGAGUGUCAGUCAGGCUCCC